GUAGUUCGCAGCUUGCGCUACACUGGUAAUGUUUACUGAAGCAUAACAGCAUUCGUCAGCAACUUAGAGCUUUCUGUCAGAAACGUUCAAACGCCCACGGCAUUAUUCAUAUUUUCGGUUCGGUUAAAAGCUGCUGUAAUAUUAUGUAGUCGGACAUAAACGGAUAAACGUAUUGACUUAUUAGUAAUUGUAUUUUUCGAAGAGUAUAAAAGUGUUAAUACUAGAAUAAUCAUUCUUACAGAUUAUUCGUAUACAUAAUAUAAAUAUUGGAAUCAAAACCACAAGGCUUGAUGAUUUCCAUGUCUACAGCAGUACAGCAUAAUAUAUUUGUGUACGUUAUUAGUGGUAAAGGAGGUGGUCAGGAGACGACUAAAAUUCAAAUAUAGUGUUCGCAGAUUUGUGUAUAGUAGUAAAAGACAACGACAUCACGGAGGUCUAUAGCCCACUGUAAGUCGGGAGCGUUAGAUAGUAUGAGGACGUACAUCUGUUGCAACAACUCAUAACUUACUUAGAUUGUAGAGACCACGAAAAGCAAUUAUUUAAAAAAAGUUCUAUACAAAUAUAAUAAUUCUAAGAGUCAGUGGCGGCUCGUCAGGGGAGGCAAGUGAGGCUGAGCCUCACCUAACUAUUGUACAAAAAAAGGAGGUCCGGUUUAAAGCUGCUAUAAAUAUGUAGUUGGAUAUAAACAUGUUGACUCAUUAGUUAUUACAUCAUACGAAGAUUAUAAAAGUGGUAAUACGAAAAUAAUAAUCCUUACAGAUUGAUACAUAAAAAUUAUUGGCACCAAAACCAUAGGACUAGGUGAUUUUCGUGUCUACAACAAAAUACAUUUGUGAUAAAAGAGAUGGUCAAGAGGUGACCAACAUUUAAUUACAGUGUUCACAGAAAUGUGUAUAGAAAAAAAAACAACACGAAGAUAUUUUGCGACACUUGUGAGUAGUCGGGAAAAUUUAAUAAUAUGAGGACGUACAUCUAUUGCAACAUCUCAUAACAAAGAUUGUAGACCACUCAAAAAUAAUAAUUUUAACAGAAGUUCUUGGAGUGAUGCACUAAAUGUUGAAGCCAAGUGUAGGAUAGACACUAUAGCCUCAUUACCACUAUUUCCAAUGCAACCAUACCCUGGUCCAGAAACAGUUUUGCUAGCUAUAUUUGGCCAAACUAAGCAUAAAUAAAAAAAUGUCGGUUUAAUUUACGCCUCGUUUUACGAAGCUCUAGCAGGGAUGUGCCAAGCUCAGUACUAGUUUUAAUUCGAGCUUUUUCGCGGCCGUAACGACAAACACAUCCGCGCGGUACCGUGAUUGUCGUCGCUCAGCUAUUACCCCUAACGCUGGGCGUAUUGUAUGUGCGCAAAGCUGUUAUCGAUCGACGUCUCCAACCACGACGCCAUCGAUCGGGGCGUGACGGCGAGCGCACUUUUUAAUACCGCUUGUCAUUUUCGUACCCGACGCUUGUGUGCCGAUCGCGUUAGUUAUUUUCCUGUGUACAGGCCGUACCGCUGAGUAUAACUUGCUCGUCACACCAUUAUCGUAAGUAAGUACCGUCCAAAUCGGUGUUUUACGUGCAACAUUUGUCAUAUUUCUUCGGUGACAUCGUACUUACCGAGCUGGUACUCCACAGUUGCGGGUUUAAGGUGCCAUACACCACCCGUCACAUUAUUCGUACGUAUUUGCCCACUAUUUACGUAUACGGUUUUCUUGUAUACGUAACCACAAUUACCAACUCCGAGGUCAACGAACGUCGACGCCGCCGUCAACUUUAUCAAUUGGAGAUCAUUCCUAGUUGUCGUAUUUCAUUUACUGUUGAUGUGACAAAAUCGAACAAUUUAGGAUUUGAAAUGAAAGAAAUAUUUCGAUUACCUGAUACUUUGCUGAUAUUCUAUGAAUCCAAUUCAUCAGAAAAAGUGGUAAUUGAGUUUAACGGCGAAGACGUUUUGUACAUCAUCGGGACUAUCGAUGUUUGCGUUUUGGAAGGAAAGAUAGAAAUAUGGGGUUAUACAAUGGCCGUGGACACUCCAAAGACUGUAUUGUACUCUAUAGGAUUACGUGGAUUGAUUCCUAUUAAAUCGGCUGACGGACAGAAAGCAGUUGUUAUACUUGAGAAGAGCAGCCAAACCAUCAAAUGGAAAACAUUUAUAAACAAAUAUAUUCUCAAUUAUAACAUGUUUGCCUUAAACGGAAGAAGAUUAACUCCGCCCAAACUUUUACUAGAACUAGAGGAGAAAUUGGGUUGUUGGUUUGAUCUGAGCAAAACUCCAAUGUCAAAUCAAAGACUUGUGAACGAUGAACAAUGGCAAUGUUUCUGUGAUGAACUUCUUAAUCGCUCUAUUGAAUUAGAACCAAUUAGAGUUUUGUUAGCUGGAUACAAAAAUUCUGGAAAAUCAACAAUGAUGUGUUAUUUCAUAAAUAAAUUACUUAUAAAAUGGGACAGAAUAUUAGUAUUGGACUUUGAUAUUGGACAAAGUGAAUUUUCCAUACCUAGUUGUAUAUCAGCAUUUGUUAUUGAUAAACCAUUGCUUGGACCAAAUUUUACGCAUUUAAUGCAGCCCUUAAAAUCAUAUUUUUUUGAAAGCAAUGAUGUUAUGACCAAUAUACCGCUUUACAAUGAAAUUGUUGAAAAAUUAGUCAACGAUAUCAAAACAAACGAUCUGCAAAAAAUGCCAUGUUUUAUAAACACCAUGGGAUUUGUUAAAGGACCAGGACUCAAAAUCUUACAUAAUCUUAUAUCUAAAAUUCAACCAUCUGAUGUAGUACAGCUUAAGUUUAAUGACAAUCAAGAUUUAAACUUGCACUCAGAAAUUAUAAACAACAGUACAAAAUCUUCUUUGUCAUAUAAUCUUUGGUAUUUUACGUCUACUGUUAAAAAUAAACUUGCGAAGGCACCUUAUUUACAAUAUGUUGACAAGCCUAUUAGACAACAAUUAGUAAUAGUAUCAUACUUCAGUAAAUGUUUGGAAAGUACAGAUAUUUGUUUUAACGAUAUUGUCCCUUACAGAAUUAACAUGCAAAAUAUUGAUGUCCAAAUAAAAGACGCUGAUGAAUUAACUCAAGAUGAAUCCUUAGAUAUAAUAAAUGCCAAUGUGAUUGCUCUGUGUGUGGACAACCAUACAAAUGUAUGUGAAUGUGUUGGAUUUGGUGUUGUUCGUGCUGUAAAUAAAUCUACAGGCAAUAUAUAUAUAAGUACUCCUGUAAUACCAGAUUUAUUGAAACAAGUUAAUCAGUUCAGGCUUGGUAAUGUUAAUUUGCCAAACACAUUCUACGCGGAAGAAAAUGAUCCAGACAACCAAUUAAUCCAGGCUACCGAAAAUACAUUUAGUCCCUCAACUUCAGCAACUUCUUCUAAUUUAUCAUCUCAACAUUUAAUUCCAUUGCAAUAUUCUGAGCCGUCUUCAAUUCGGCCUCGUCAACUAAAAUCCUUUGGUUCAACUAAAAUAAAUGAACUUAGUGAUUCUGAAAUUAAUACUAUUAAUAAAUCAUUUAUUAAAAUGAUUGUCGCUGAUUAUCAACCACUCUCUUUAGUAGAAAACGUUGGAUUUAUUGAGUAUACUAAAAAAUUGCAACCACUUUAUUCCAUCCCUAGUAAAAAAGUAUUAACUUCACAAUUAUUGCCACAAGAAUAUAAUGUUAUACUCCUUAAAAUAAAAUCUAUUCUUCAAAAUGUAAAUGAUUUAUCAAUAACGACAGAUAUGUGGACAUCUGAUUCCAAUAAAUCAUAUAUUACAGUGACGUGCCAUUUUAUUUUUGACGACAAAUUAUAUUCACCAGUAAUUGCAACUAAAAGCGUUUCUGACAGACACACUGGUCAAAAUAUAGCCGCUACACUCACAAAUAUUUUUAACGAAUGGAAUAUAGCAAAUAAAAUAAUAACCGUGAUAUCAGACAAUGGGUCAAUUAUUAAAAAUGCAAUAAACGAACACCUUCUUAAAAACCAUCACCCAUGUGUAGCACACACGCUAAACUUGACUAUAAAUGAGGCAAUAAAUGAAAACUCUGAUUUAAAUCAAAUUUUAAAAAAAUGUAGGACGAUAGUAGGGCAUUUCAAGCACAGCAGCAACGCCACUGAAAAACUUAAAGAUUUUCAAUUGAAAAUGAAUUUACCCCCAUUAAAGGUUAAGCAAGAUGUGCCUACAAUGUGGAAUUCUAGUUUAAUUAUGAUGGAAAGACUUUUAAGUAUUAAAGAGCCUCUAUCUGCUACUAUAUCAACUCUACCUCAAGCUCCAAAUUAUUUAAAUGAGUCCGAGUGGGAGAUAAUAUUGGAUAGUACUCAUAUUUUAAAGCCAUUUCAAAUAAUGACAGCGGAAUUAUUAUCAGGUGAAAAGUACCCAACAUUAAGUGUGGUUAUACCACUUAUUAGAGGUCUUCAACAUAAUUUAAGAAAAUUGAAAACAAAAACUGAUAUUGGGGAUAUAUUUAGAAAUAUGUUGAUUGAUAUAGUCAGUAGACGGUUGGGCAUUUUAGAAAACAAUAAAAUUGUUGCAAAAGCGACAUUCUUAGACCCACGGUUCAAAAAAACUGCAUUUGAUUUACUUGAAAAUGCUAGUAAUGCUCAAAAAUGGAUAAGCGGAGAAUUAAAAAUGAUGAUUAGCAAAAAUACUGAAAAGAAAAAUGAAAUGAAUACAACUGAAUCUACAGCGCACUCGUCAAAUAGUACUAAUAAUGCAACUAAAUCACUAUGGGAGCAUUUUGAUAAUAAAGUCGUUCAAGUCAAAACUUCAUUGAGUCCAAAUAUAACUUCCACUUUGAUGAUACGUCAAUAUUUAGAUAUGCCGCUUUUAGAUCGUAGAAAAAAUCCAUUGGAAUUUUGGAAACAGCAUAAACACACAUUACCAGAUUUGUAUAAUAUGCAGCUGAAGUAUUUGUGUAUUCCAGCAACAUCUGUUCCAUCUGAACGUGUGUUUUCAAAAACGGGACUGAUGACCAAUGAUCACAGAAAUCGGCUAUCCCCCAAAAAAUUAGAUUAUAUUAUAUUUUUAAAUAGUAAUUUGAAUUUGUUUUAAAUUUUUUUGUUCAGUUUUGUUCAUUAAAUAUUCAUUAUUCUUAUACUUAUUACUUACUAUUAGGAGCUGUUAUAAAGUUGUUUAAUUAAUUUACUAUUAUUUUUAAUUUGGAAGAUUUUAUUUGAAAUUUAAAAUGCAUUGUCAACAUUUGCUGGAUUUGGUAGCUAUACACAUUUGUAAUCCAAACACAUCCAAGAAUGCUGUGGUUACAGAUAUUGUCAGUCCUACUAAUGUACCGAUUUUCUUAGAAAUUCCUAUUAUUUCUAUUACAUCCAAACUUAGGUUAUUUGGCAAUAUCUCAAUACCAAUUGAUGUGCCAAGUACAGGUUUAAUUAACCAGCAAAAUUCUUUCUAAGAGUUUUGAGAAGGUUGUAAUUAGACUUAUAGAUCUAUAACUUUGGGGUGAACUAUUUAGUUUUCCAGGUUAAUGUGUUGGGAUAAUAAUUGCAUGUGUCAGGAAAGUAACCUAGCCUCAUGCAGGAAUUCAUGAGACUAACCAUGUAUGAUAGUGAUUUUGAUGUGAGAUUUUUAAGUAUCUUAUUUGUUAUUUCGUGUCCAGGGCUUUUUUUAUUAGCUAAUUUAUUUAUUAUUUAUUGUAGUUCCUUAGGGGUACACGGGCUUAUGGAAUUGAGUACUGGUUGAUCUUCUUUGUUUCUUUGUUCAAGAUUUGUUAUUUCAUUUUGAUUUGUAUUGUUUUUAUCAGUUGUAAAACAAUUUUCAAAAUGUUGAGCAAAAAUUUCACAUUUUUCAAUGUUGGUUUUGAAUUUUACUAUACCAUUUUUUAGUGGGGGAAUUUUUUCUCACUGUUUAGUGAUUCUUUUAGUAGCUCUCCAUAGACUUGAGUUAUUUAGGUUUAUUUUUGACCCAUAGGUUUUGUAUGAAUUAUAAUAUUUUAGAAUUUUAAAUUAUCUAGUUCCCAUUUUACUGUUCUUGUUAGUUGAUUUAAUCGUUUUUUAACUGCUGGUGAUCGGCGUGUUUGCCAAAUUCUACGUGCCUUGUGAAAAAAGUGAGAAGAUUGAAUAGCAAAAUAUAAAAUAAUAUGCAAGAUUUGCUGGCAGAAAUAAAAAAAAAAGAAACUAAUUGAAGAUAAUGCUCAUAGGUUACUAGAAAAUGAAUUUGAAGGGGCUCAGCUAGAACUUUUUAAAAAUGAGUUUUUAAACAAAAAAAGAAAGCCUACUGGCUGUAGGUACAGUGAAGAAUUAAAGAAAUUUGCUCUUACACUUAAUUAUUAUUUGCCCAAAUCAUAUACAUUUUGUCGGUCAGUUCCAUAGAAUUCCUCAUAAUAAGAAGGAAAUAAAUGUACAAUAACAUUUUAAAAAUCUUCAUAAAAAUAUCAUUAUUGCUUAUUUAUUUACUAUAAAAAGUAAGAAAAUAUUUUCAUAACUUUUUUCAGCCACCUUUUUAGUCAUUCUUCUUAUAUUUUCCUUGAUAAAUUCUUUGUUUCCCUGAAAAAUAUUGAAUCAUGAUGUAUAAUAUAUUUAAGGCGAAUCUGUAUUCUUAUUUUUUAAAUUUAUAUUCAUAUUUUUUUUUACUGGUUGUCAAUAUGAUUAAAUUGGUUAUACAAAAUUGGUGGAAA